AUGGAUGUAGACGAUUUAUUUGGAGCUUUUGAAGCAGUCGGUAAUGGUGGCGAUUCGUCCCCAGCGACCGUGAUAUCCACGGAUAAAAUGUCAUCGCUUGAUGCUGCACGUCAGGAAGAAGCACGAAGACAAGCUGCUGCUCUUCUGAAUUCUAUGCUACAGGGCGAUUGUGGUGACACAGUUGAGCCAGCACAGAAGAAGGUAAGGUUAGACGAUGAUGUCGUUAUGGAGGACAUGAGACAAACCUUCGAUAAAAGGAUUGUCGUUCAUACUAUCCGUACAGACAAUGAAAAUUGUACCCAUGAGGUAGCACUGCCUCCUGACACGCCAUUUGAGCCCCUAGCAGUCAGAGAGACUGCACCAGCAAAAAGUUAUCCGUUUCAACUAGAUGCUUUUCAACGCGAGGCGAUCAUGUGUAUUGAAAACAGUCAAUCAGUUCUAGUUUCUGCUCAUACUUCAGCAGGAAAAACUGUUGUGGCUCUAUAUGCUAUUGCGCAAUGUCUUCGUGAUAAGCAACGUGUUAUCUACACAUCUCCUAUAAAGGCCUUAUCCAAUCAAAAAUUUCGAGAGUUGGAGGAAGAGUUCGGCGAUGUCGGUCUCAUGACAGGAGAUGUGACACUGAAUCCGGAUGCUUCUUGUCUUGUUAUGACUACAGAGAUCUUGAGAUCUAUGCUGUACAGAGGUGCUGAAGUUAUGAGAGAAGUCGGAUGGGUUAUAUUCGAUGAAAUUCAUUAUAUGAGAGAUAAAGAGUGGGUGUGUUUGUUGCAUAAGCAACCUGUACAUGUUGUUUAUACUGACUACCGCCCCACACCGCUUCAACAUUUCAUAUUCCCGGUUGGAGGUGAAGGAUUAUACGAAGUGGUUAACAUUCAGGGGCAAUUUCGAGAAGAUAAAUUUACGCAGGCAAUGAGUGGUUUAGCAGAUGUGGGCGAUAAAGCAGCUGGAGGCGUGCAGCGAGGUCGCAAAGGCGGGGCUAAAACGGAUUCUAAUGUCGUGAAGAUUAUACGAACAAUCAAGGAGCGUGAUAUGUUGCCAUGCAUUAUUUUCUCUUUCAGUAGGAAAGAGUGUGAAGCAUAUGCUCUUUCUCUCAAGGAUAUGGAUUUCAACGACGAUGAAGAGAAGAAAUUAGUGCGUGAAAUCUACAGCAGUGCUAUUGAUCUGCUCGGUGACGAAGACAAGAAACUCCCUCAAAUAGGACAGAUCCUCCCUCUGCUGUUGCGUGGAAUCGGUGUACAUCAUUCUGGUCUACUACCAAUUCUCAAGGAAACAGUAGAAAUAUUAUUUGGCGAAGGACUUCUGAAGACCCUAUUUGCGACGGAAACAUUUUCCAUGGGUCUGAACAUGCCAGCAAGGACAGUUUUGUUCACGUCGGCUCGGAAAUUCGACGGUGUCGACAAUAGAGCUGGACGACGUGGUAAAGAUGACCGUGGUCUAGUAAUUCUUAUGGUUGACCACAAGAUGAGCAGCGAAGAUGCCAAGCAGAUCAUAAAGGGUGCAACCGAUCCUCUCAAUUCGCAGUUUCGUCUUACAUACAACAUGGUGUUGAACUUGCUCCGAGUUGAAGGAGUCAAUCCAGAAUUCAUGUUGGAACGUUCGUUUUACCAAUUCCAAAAUUUCGAUGCCAUACCGGAACUACAGCAAAGUUACGAGAAGGCGAUGGAGAUUGAAAAUAUGCGUGUUGACCACGAGAGGGAUAUAACGGCCUACUUUGACAUGGAGAAGCAGAUAGCCAAUUUGAAAGUGACUGUCAAGAAGACUAUUUGUAUGCCAAAGUAUCUUGUUCCGUUCCUUCAUGCGGGCAGGUUGAUCCAUGUAGUUGCGGGUACGCGUGACUUUGGUUGGGCCGUUUUGAUUAAUUUCCAUAAGAAGGUUAACGUGGACGAUAAUACGCAAAUGGUCUAUAUUCUGGAUGUUUUUAUGGGAUUCAGGAAUGAUGGCCAAGAUGAAAAUAUUAGCCUGGCACAGUUACAGCCAGCAACUGAAGACGCACCUGCGUUAUGGGAAGUCGUACCAAUAGCCCUAGAUUGUGUUGACCAGAUAAGCGCAGUUCGAUUGAAGCUCCCACAGAAGUUGGAUUCCAGCCAUUCGAAAGGCGUUGUACAGCAGAUGGUGAAGAAUGUUAUGUCACGAUUCAAUAAGAGCAUUCCACUGCUAGACCCUGUGAAGGAUAUGCAUGCCGUUGAAAAGAUUGCCGAUCUGGAACAACGCAGUCAGGAACACCCACUGCGAAAAUUGAAAGAGUUCGAGGAUAUCAAAAAGCAGUGGGAAGCAAAGGACCAAGCCAAGAAGGAACAUCGAAAUCUCCGUGAGGAGUUACGUAAAGCGCAAUCUGUCUUACACUUGGAAGAGCUCACUCAGAGAAAACGCCUACUUCGCCGUCUUCAGUACGCUGAUAAUGCUGAUAUUAUCACAGAUAAGUUAGUUGUAUAG